AGCAUAGGUUACGCUCAAACUGUGAUGUCCGCUCAUAAUCAAUGACCCUUCCCGUUCGCCACGUAAAACCGAACCCCAUACACACCUUUCGUGGUAUCACUGCAAGGCGAGAUGGUGGAAUACUUGGCAACUGGCCCCGAACCGGCAGAGAGGUCAUUGCGAGAGUGUCCACUUUCGAUCCUCGACGUAUAAGCGCGUCGGAUUAUAUCAGCAUCCAAAGACGGAACGCUCUCAUGCUCGAUAUCUUUGGCCACAACCCGACGCAUAGUCGGGAAGAACCGUUUUUCCAGGUCUCCUUCCGUUCUGCUGACACGCCCUUUAUUCGGCGGGACACCGCUACUCGAGGAUUUUUCUACUACUACGUUCCGGUUCCCGAGCGUCCGUUGUCGGGGGGUCUGCGUUUUCGAUCUUGUUCCUCUCCGAGCAUGUUUGCCAAAGGAUCGGAUAUUGCGGAUCGUUUUGGAAUGCCUUGGACCGUCCCCCUUCCCCGUCUUUUGACCCGAAACGGGAGAGCUGUCCUUCAGAGUCUUUUGAGAGAUAAUCUUGUCUCGUUGCCUGACCUGGUGUCAUGCUAUGCCACUUUCGGAGAGCGGGUUUACCCACGAAGACCUAUUUUGCAUGGUUUGGGUCAAACUUGGCCACUUGAUCUCAGUCAGACUACCACGAUUCUCGUUCCGGGCCCGCAUUCUCUGAUCGCGUGCGAACUGUAUCCAGCGAUCGCGCGAUACGGUCAAUUGAUCGUGUCAUUGGAGUUGACCGGGAAUCCCUACAUCCCUCAUGAAGUCGGAAUCCGUGUCAUGGAGAUCCGCUCUCGUCUAGAGCUUCUGCCCCAGUUCUCCACGAUUUCAGCACCGGUCCCUGGUUCUUUUCUAGCGAAUCCGACAGCAGAUGGAAACUGGGUAUGGAAUUCACAUACGCCAGAGUCGCCCUCUUUUGCUGCUGCAUUGCUCUGUCUGUUGAACGGGCCAGGAAAGCCCCGGUAUCCUUCAAUGAGACAGCGCAGGAAGAUGGACAAAUGGUUCUACAAUCAACUGCCAACCGAACAGGAAUUUGAGAGAUAUAUGGAGCAGUGGCCAGGUUAGAUUUAGUGUACACGCCAGUGGUUACAAAGCAGUAGACGACUAUAAGUACACAGCAGAGCGUCACGACCGUCGAACGGUGUGUUCUAGGCGCUGCAGCAACGUCAUAAGAAACUGACGGAGUCUUUUCAUCCAGUUCAUUUGGAACUGGAGACUAAGACUCGGAACAUCCACGGCUUGUUUUGUAAGAGGCCUCGCCCUAGCGCGUUCCUCAAGCAUGCGUGGAAUUUCAACCUCUCCCUUGAUGUACACAGAUGCCAACUCCGCAUCCAAGACGUGAAGCGUUCUGCGAACUGCGUAGGGAGCAAGGGCAUUGUACCGCCGCACUUUGUCAUUGACUUCAGCCAGUGCCGCAGUGUGGAAUGUGCUUUCUUUCGCAGACCAUCGCGGAUCCCUGAACCUGCGGAUGGCUUCAAGUUCGGGAAGCGGGGCAGAGAUCGUCAAUGCUCUGAUGGCGUGACGAGUCCAGCCAUCUAACAAUAGAUGCCGGAAGGUGCUCAGCGAGGCGUCCAAUUCUUCGGAUUCUCAACUCGCUGCAACUCGUUCACAACUGAGGGACGCACCACCUUGCAACUGGACCCAUGGCGGCGCUGCACCAUUCCGCUUCACGAUUCUAUUCAUGAGGUACUCUUCACGAGCGAUGAAGGGAUUAUGCUCCUCCGCAAUGCGCUCCAGUGGUUUUCCACGGCCCUUGACCUUCGUAAACAAGCCCGCACGCCGAGCUUUCUGACAACGGACAUGAGCCGGCUAAUUCGAUCGAAGUGUGCCGAUGUCCCCUUCUUACCUCUAUUCUAUCUUCGACGAGGUUAGUCCAACCCUUCAUACUGACGGGAUUGAUCUGGGAGGGUGCAUGGUGUUUAUUGGUAUUUCCCAAACCCAGACGGUAGUCCAGUGAUGACUCUCGUGCGCGGUUUAACCUGCCGAGCUUGCGAUGGAGCUCCUUUUCGGCGCGCCGAGUCUGCUCGUCUCCGCCGAUCGCUGAAGCUCCAGUAUGCUGGGCAGACGUCUUCAUUGGGAAGCGACCGACGCGAACGGACACUUGUGCAUGGUCUGGGAUCUUGUAUUCGGUGUGCCAGGGGCGAUGGUCCGGUGGACCCGGUGGCAGAAGAGGAACAGAAGCCCACGAACUGCCGGGCGGAACGAACGGCUUGUAAGUUGCGGCGCCGUCUGCAACUGAGGAAUGUAAGGGAGGCGAAUCCUCAUGAUAUUGGGGGAUCUUGGAAGGCGCCUUCUUCAUCUUCUGCUCAGCGGUUUGGAUGGUUCCGCUUCGCAAUGGCUUGUAUUUGUCAACAAGCAUUCGGAGAACCUAGAGGGCGUCUUCAUUCCAAGUCCCAGAUUGCAACAAGUCAUCACACACAGUAUCUUCUAUACGUUCAUCUCCGGUCCAAUUGGGUUGCUCCGCGAGGAUAUCCUGGAGUCGCUUAGAUGUUGCUGAAGGACCAGGCUGUUCCUCCUCCAAAGCUGCAUCAGCAAACAACUUUGCACUCCCUACCAGAUUAGCGGAGGAGGCAUUAUCUGAUCGUUCAGAGUUCCGGACAGCAACGUAAGUAGAAAAGUGAGGCCGGCAAAGUCGUAAUGAAGCGAAGUGAACGCGAUUCGGAAGCAUGCAGGUGGCAGUGUUCAGUUGUUUACCCAAUAAACAUACUUUCUGUUACGAUUCCUUUGGUCUCGCACCUCCAGUCGCACCUUUCCUUUGACCAGCAAAAUGGCUGCCCCCGCCCCCAUUGUCGACGGCAUUGGCAUUGCCAACCUACCCAACCAGAAACACAAAAUCGUGGCGAAGCGUGGGGCUCAUUUCACGAUCAUGGUUGUCGUCUGGCUUGGGCAAGACCACCCUCAUCAACACACUCUUUCAACUGAGUUGUCGCCUGCCAAAAAUUAUAACAAGCGACACUACAAGCAGCUGGACAAACUCACUGAGGUCGAGAUCAUCAAGGCUGAACUUGAGGAGAAGCAGUUCAAGGUCAAGCUCACCGUCAUCGACACUCCUGGCUUUGGCGACUACGUCAACAACCGCGACUCUUGGUCCCCUAUAGUCGAGUUCAUCGACGACCAGCAUGAAGCAUACAUGCGCCAAGAGCAGCAACCGCAGCGGCAUGAGAAGACUGACCUGCGCGUCCAUGCUUGUCUUUACUUCAUCCGUCCUACUGGACACACCCUCAAACCUCUCGACAUCGAGAUCAUGAAGCGCCUGGGGACCCGUGUCAACCUCAUUCCGGUCGUCGCCAAAGCUGACACCUUGACCCAGAACGAUCUCUUUACCUUUAAGCAACGCAUUCGGGAAGUUAUUGCCGCUCAGGGCAUCCGCAUCUACACUCCGCCUGUCGAGUCUGACGACGAGAGUGCUGAGCUCGCCCGGGUGCUCCAGGACGCUAUGCCAUUCUCCAUCAUCGGAUCGACAGAAGACGUGACCACUCCAGACGGUCGCGUUGUGAAGGGUCGUGAGUAUCUUUGGGGUGUGGCCGAAGUGGAGAACGAGAAUCACUGUGAUUUCAAGAAGCUGCGGUCGCUCUUGAUUCGGACUCACAUGCUCGAUCUGAUCUCGACAACGGAGGAAUCCCACUACGAAAACUACCGUCAGCAACAGAUGGAGACUCGCAAAUUUGGAGAACCCAAAGUCAAGAAGACCGACAACCCCAAGUUCAAAGAGGAGGAAGAGCAGCUUCGCAAGCGGUUCACCGAGCAGGUCAAGUCGGAGGAGGCUCGUUUCCGACAGUGGGAGCAGCAUCUCAUUGCAGAGCGUGAUCGCCUCAAUAAGGACCUGGAGCUCGCGCAUAGCUCCAUCAAGCAGUUGGAGGCAGAGCUCGAUAACCUCCAAGUCGGAUAUGGUCGCGGGACUGGCAGGCGAUGAAAGAGAGGACAUUUGUUUCUUUUGGAUAAUUUCCCGAUUGCUACUCGUACCGAAGCUGUUUGUCUUUAUACCCAUUACGCUCGUUUGACUUUCCAUGAAUUAUCACCCUCGUGCUCGCUA